AUGUCUUCGCGAACCGGUGCUCUUGACGAUGGGGAGAUGGCUGCCGAGAUGAACAAGAUGGUCGCUUUCAUCUCGCAAGAAGCCAAGGAGAAGGCUCGAGAGAUUCAGGUCAAAGCGGACGAGGAGUUUGCCAUUGAGAAGGCCAAGAUCGUGCGACAGGAGACUGCUGCGAUCGACGCUCAGUUCGACAAGAAGCGAAAGCAGGCCGAGGUCGGAUGGAAGAUUGCAUCAUCGACUGCAUUGAACCAGUCCCGGCUCCAGGUCCUGCGAGCUCGUGAGGAACACUUGCAGAGUAUCUUUGAGGAGGCUACCAAGAAGACCAAGGAUUUGAAGAAUGAUCAGGGCAAGUACACCAAGGUCUUGGAGGACCUGAUCUUGGAGGUUCUUCUCAUGUUGAUGGCACCAGAGGUCACAAUCGACCACCAGAAAGCCGCCGGUGACUUUAUCAACAAUGCCGGUGAUGCCGCUCUGAAGAGGUACAAGGAGAUUUCCGGCCGAGACUGCAAGCUCGACUUUCAGACCGAGGUUUCCGACGAGUCUUCGGGAGGUGUCAUUGGAAGCGUGAUGAACAGGCGGAUCAAGGUGGAUAACACCUUGGACGAGAGGUUGAAGAUUCUCGAGGAGAAGAUGUUGCCAGAGAUCAGGACCGACCUCUUCGGCAAGAACCCCAACAGGAGGUUCUAUAACGUGAGUCCAGAGUUAACAGCCUGA